CUAGCGAUGCCAAGAGGUGUGACACCAGUCAGAGUCAGGAGAAGGCAGAGUGAUGCAAAAUGGAGAGCAAGUGUUGCAAUGUGUUACAACAUUAUGAAAAAUGUUAUUCCUAACUCCAAGAAAAUUGGCAAGACAUCUAAAAGAAAACUUUCUAAGGCUUUGACACUUAAAGAAACAGAACGGCAUAUAGUUUGUCUCGAGAGAAAACUGAAAGAGUUGCUGGAGCUUAGAGCUCCACAGUGUGGUAGGGCAGUUGUGAUUGAGAACGACAACCGGUGCCUCAGUCCAGCCACACUGGAUGACAUCAGGCAUGACUUCGCUAUCAAACAAUGCUUUUUCUUCAGUGUGACCAGCUCCAACACGGGGAAGAAGCGCUACAAUGUGCCUUCUGACAUUGAGACAAGUCUUGAGAACCUGAGUCGCCAGUCCUGCAGUCUCGUCACCAUCGACCACAAAGAAAUCAAGACAUCCUUCCCAGAAUUCUACAAGAAUUCAUUCCUUUUGACCAAGGAAUGCCCAUUGUCUACAAUUAGUUAUGAUGCUGAUGAAGAGUGGGACAAUCAAUAUGAGCAGGAUGAUGUGACCAGCUAUCUGCUCACUCCAGCCAAGCCUAGGGGUUGGUCAGACAGCCUUCCAGCUCAACCAGUCUUAAGCACAACUCCCAGUAUUACCAGCAAGGAUAGGACCACUUCACAAAAAACACCAUCUAAAGCAUGCAAAAAGCUAUCCUUCAAUGGUCAGCAAAAGACACCAGUGAGGGGUACGGAUGGUCAUUCUGGGUUCACUCCCGUGAAGUUGCCCAUGGGGCUGGACAGAGGAGACCCUACCAUGGCCCCACCCACUACCCCCAACAUUUCCCUGAUUGGCUCACCAUUCAGCUGCUUUUCCAUGCCAGAGACCCCUGGGAGCAGCUGUCUACAGGCCAUGGAGAACUUUGAGCUGUCAGAGGAUGAGGAUGGCACCAGUCUGCUGUGUACAGAGUCCAUCGACAGUAUCGACCUCGAGGCAAAUAUGACAUCAUGCCAGGAACCAGUCGCUGAUAAAAAUCACAAGAAUAAGGAAGGUGGAAGUGUACUGGUCAGUGGUAAAGCAAGCAGUAAGAAGAGACGGGAGCAUAGGGGCAGAAAAUGCAGGCGUAGACUUGACAGGGCAUAUGGUUCGAGUGGUGGAGACCAAGAAGUCCCCAAGGGUUCACAUGAAACCAGUUGUCUGGAGUUUGAUGGGUACCUGUUAUUCUACCAGCACAACAUCCAGUCUAUGCAGGUCAUGUAUGAUGGAGAUGCUGCCCUAGCAGUGGCCGCUAUGUGGGAGGGGCUGGGGGAUGAAGAACGUACCAUGUAUGCCCGUCUUGCCUCCCUUGACAUGCCCUCACAUGCACACACGCUGUCUCCAGACCUUGAGGCCAUUGACCUUAAACCACUUCAUGGACUGCAUGACUCUCAGCUCUCUGUUGAUGGUGGAUACUUGGCAGACGAUUCCCAAGAGGUGCCAGAUAUGGAUCUGCCUUCCCAUGGCCUUGACGUGGACGGAUUCUCCCUCGCCCUUGUGACUGGCUACGAAGACCUUGGCGUGUUCUACACAGACGCCAAUGACAAACAGCAUUACCCGUUAGAAGACAGUUUCCUGGCUGCUGAUAUGGACAGCCAGGUGGUCCCAGACUUGUGAGAGAGGUCAUUGAGGCCACUGUAUUGGGCAAGCGAUGUCCUAAACAGACACCAUGUAGCAUCCAACCAAUGAUUCAUGUUUGACUUAAAACUACAAUGAAUAAUAAAUCAGGAUAAAAGUUGUUUGAGCAAAUUUAUUUUCUUUUACAGUUUUGACUGUUUUUAAUAACAUUUAUAUUUGCUUUAACUCUAAAGGAAAUGUGUUAAUUGCAUGAUUCAUGUUUUGAACAUGCCAAGUUUGUAAAGAAACUCUAUUCAAUGAAAAUUAUGAUUAAUAAUGACAUUGACAUGCUGUUUUUUGUUCUUGUUGUUUUGUAUUGUUUACUUCAAUUAUGAUUGUCUUCAUUUUUAUUUUUUUUAAAGAUCUUCAUUGAAGAUUGUUGAUGAAAUGAUGUUUGCACUUGUUUUCACUCAAGGGUAUUUCUUUUAUAUAAAGAACUGAAUGUUA